AGCCGUGCCUGCUGGGGGCAGCGCUGCCCUGCCGGGGUGGCGCUGUGGGGGGCUGAUUCUCCCCUCCGCCCGGGGCGGGGCCUGGCAAGCGGCGCCGCGUCGUGAGGCGGCGCGGCAUGGCGGAAGGCGCGGCGCUGCGGGCAGUGCGGGGCUGCCUGGCCGCCUUCCCGCGUGAGGCCCGCGGUGAGCGGGGAGCCCGGAGGGAAGUGGGCGGGCGGGGCGGCCUGGAAUGGCUGACGGGAGCCUUUCUAGAGCUGGGGUGGAUGGAGUCCGUUCCGUAUCUUGAUAGGCCUCCGUCCCCGCUGGAGUUCUAUCGAGAGUGGGUGAGCCCAAAUAAACCCUGCAUCAUCCGGAAUGCUAUUGGCUGCUGGCCAGCGCUGCACAAAUGGACCUUGGCGUACCUCAGGGAGGUAGUGGGCCACAAGGUAGUGAGCGUGGCAGUAACACCAAAUGGUUAUGCAGAUGCAGUGUUCCAUGACCGUUUUGUCAUGCCAGAAGAGCGCCAAAUGCCUUUCAUGGACUUUUUGGACAUUGUGGAGAAGAAAGUGACCUCUCCCAAUGUAUUCUAUGUGCAGAAGCAGUGUUCAAACCUUACUGAGGAGUUUCCUGAACUGAUCUGCGAUGUGCAGCCUGAUAUACCGUGGAUGAGUGAGGCUCUCGGGAAGAGGCCUGAUGCUGUGAAUUUCUGGCUCGGGGAAUCAGCUGCUGUGACAUCUUUACAUAAAGAUCAUUAUGAGAACUUGUACUGUGUGAUAUCUGGAGAGAAAAGGUUUCUACUGCAUCCACCAAGUGACCGUCCCUUCAUUCCAUACGAGCUUUAUCAGGCAGCAACUUACAAAGUAUCAGAAGAUGGCUCAUUUGAAAUUGUGGAUGAGAAGACUGCAGAUAAGGUGCCCUGGAUCCCCCUGGACCCAUUGAACCCGAAUCUGGAACAAUAUCCAGAGUAUGCUCAGGCAAAACCUUUGCAGUGUACAGUGAAAGCUGGUGAGAUGUUAUACCUCCCUUCUCUCUGGUUCCACCAUGUUCAGCAAUCACACGGCUGUAUAGCAGUGAAUUAUUGGUAUGACAUGGAAUAUGACCUAAAGUACAGCUAUUAUCAACUGCUAGAUUGUCUUACAAAAGCUGUGAAAGUGUUAUAACAGAGGCGGAACACUGGAACUUGCAGUUUCUCUCUUGUGUGAUGCAGUCAUCAGCGUCUGUGACUGGAAUUGGAGCAUGAUACAAGUGAAAAAAGCUAAGCACUGAAUUACUCAACAUCUGUUGGACAAAUCAUGGCUAUUUUGUUUGAUUUCAGAAUCUCGGGUCAAUUGGCCAGAUUUUCUGGCUUGUAAGAAGAAGAUUUGGCAUCAGAGUUUUUAGAUCUUUGCACAUUGUAUUGGUGAUGGCGAGCAAAAUAAAAUUUGAAGGGAAGGAAUCUGGGUUUCCGAAAUCCCUAAACAGAAACCAUGACAUUCAUUCAGAUCUACAGGUUGUUUUCCUAACAAGGCAAAUGGACAAGGAAGGAUCUGCUCUGCUACCCCCAUGCAUCAGGCUGCAUCGGUCCAAACACAUCUGUUCAGCUUAAGGCUAAAGGCAUGUCUGGUUGUGUUUCGUUAAGU